AUGUCGGACGGAGAAGAGACCCCAGUCGUCGCGGCCGAAGAGGUCGAAGUUUCCGCUACCGCUACCGGCGGUGGCUCCAUGUCCGUCCUCGAUGCUCUCAAGGGAGUCUUGAAGAUCGCGCUUAUCCAUGACGGACUCGCCCGUGGUCUUCGCGAGGCUGCCAAGGCGCUCGACCGUCGUCAGGCCCAUAUGUGCGUUCUCAACGAGUCCUGCGAAGAGGAGGCCUAUAAGAAGCUCGUCAUCGCCCUGUGCCAGGAGCACAAGAUCCCGCUGAUCAAGGUUCCUGAUGGCAAAUUGCUUGGUGAAUGGGUUGGACUUUGCGUGCUUGAUCGUGAAGGAAAUCCUCGCAAGGUUGUCAACUGCUCCUGCGUCGUUCUCCGCGACUGGGGAGAAGAAUCUCAGGAACGCUCCGUCCUCCUCAACUACUUCCAGACCGAGCAAUAG